AUGACAACCGACGAUAUUGUAGACGUAGAGGUCGAAGCAGAAACACCAACCGCCACAUUGGCGUCAUUCUCCGAAGAGACAGACCCACUGAAGCUGUCGAAACCAUCUUCUUCAGACAUGCUUUUCUUCUAUGAGAGACUUCUUCCCUUCAGAUAUGUUUUCCAAUGGUUGAACCAUUCACCAAGACCAACUAAAGACUUCACGAUGCGUGAGUUUGCGUUCGAGUUCCGUUCUGGUGCGUACCAAAGAUACAACUCGUUUGCCACCCAAGAAGAAUUCAAAAAAUCUGUCGUUAAGGCAAAUCCAAUGCGUUUUGAAGUUGGUGCUGUUUACACUGCAAACCCAAAGGAACGUAAAAAUUUACCCAAACUGGCCUUGAAGCCAGUUACCAAGGAAUUGGUGUUUGAUAUUGAUUUGACCGAUUAUGACGACAUUAGAACCUGUUGUAAGGGGACCCUGAUCUGUACCAAAUGUUGGAGAUUCAUUCAAGUGGCCACCAAGAUCAUGAACGCGUCUUUAAGAGAAGAUUUUGGAUUUCAACAUUUGAUUUGGGUUUUCUCCGGUAGAAGAGGUGCCCAUUGCUGGGUCAGUGACAAACGUGCACGAAACUUGGAUGAAAUGGCACGUAAGGCCGUGGUGGAAUAUUUGGAUGUCAUUGGAGGUUCUAAAGGUCCAGCCCUGAAACGAUUUAAUGUUAAAAAGCCAUAUCAUCCUCAUGUGGAGAGAUCUUUUAAAAUACUUAAAGAUGAAUUUGCUGGGAUAAUAUUGGAAGAACAAGAUCCAUGGAAUACAGAAAAUGGAUCUACUACUAAUUGGGAUAAAGUGGAUGAAUUACUUUCAUUUUUACCAGAAAAAGUCCUACAAGAACAACUUCGUAAACAUUGGCAAGAGAAAUCAUUUUCAAAUUCAAUGGAUAAAUGGGAAGAUAUUAAUGUAUUUGCGAAAAAGACCCUUAAAAAUCAACUUCAAGUAAGUCAAUUAAACGAUGCAAAGAAGGACAUCAUUAUAUAUUACAUGUAUCCAAGAUUAGAUAUGGAAGUUUCCAAGCAAAUGAUCCAUUUGUUGAAAUCUCCUUUCUGUAUCCAUCCUGGAACUGGUAAUGUUUGUGUUCCAUUUGAUCCUACCACCAACUUUAGUGCAAACCAUGACGAUGAUAGUUAUGGGUUUAAUCCAACAACAUCACCAAACUUGAGACAACUUCAAAAUGAAUUACAGCUUUGGGAAACUAAAAGACUGGGCCGUGAUUCACUGCCAGAUGAAGAUGAAGAAGUCUCAAGUAAAAAGAUAUCAGAUUAUGAAAAGACUUCAUUAAAGCCAUAUGUUGAAUAUUUCGCCAAACAUGUAAACGGAAUAAUACAGGAAGAUUUGAAGGGCACUUCCGCCAAACGUGAGAGAGAAGAAGAUACAUUCGAGUUUUAA